AUGUAAUAACCAAAAGUUUAAACAUUCCCAAUAGAGUCCAUUCAAACCCCAUAAUAAAUAGAAGAUUAUGAUGAAUUAGAUGGUUAAUAUGCAUAUAAAGUUGAGAGUAAUUAUCAGCCUAAUUUGAUGUUUAAUCCAAAAUUUGAAUAAAUGUAUUAUUUUUUUCAUCAUCAGGAACAAUUAUUUAUUUGCAAUCAAAAGAAAUUUAUUAGAUUUUUAGAAAUUGGUUGAUACUAUGACUUAAAAGACAUAAGUAAUUUGCAAGCCAAUGAUUUCUAAUGUAAUAGGAUUUAUAUAUAGUUUAGAUUAAAGAAAAAGCAAAUGAUGAUUAAGCCAAAGCAUAUUUAUGUAAAUUAAGAACUUUAAGUAAAAUUAAAAAGUCUUAUGGAUUAUCAGAAUAUCUAAAUAAAACAAGAGAAGAAGAAAAAAUCAUUGAAGAAUCACUUCAAAAAAUUUCUAAUUAAUUUUCCUUUUCUUCAUCAAAUUAAUUAAGAUUAUAUGCAAGAGCCUUUAAAUUAUCUUCCACAAAUAAUAUUAUUUAUGCAAAUCUCUAUCAUGAUAGACUAAGUGAUUAAGCCCCUUAUUUACUUUUAGUCAAAAAAGAUUCUCAAAUGGAAAUAAUACAUGAUCAAUUGGAUAUUAAGAAUUAAUAAUUAAUUAUUGAUUUAAAGGGACCCAAUUAAAGAUGGAUUUCACUUUCAUAUAACACAAAUAGCAUUUAUGAAAAAUAUAUUUAUGAUUACUUAAAAAGGAAUAAUUAUCUUCAGAAAGAAAUAUUAUAAUACAGUUUGGAAUUCAAUUAUAUUUAAGAAGGAACAGCAUAUAGAGAAGAAAUAAAUGAUUAAAUGCAAAAAAAUAAAUUAAUAGUGGACAAUUAUUUAUUUAGUGUAAAGAGAUUUAUUUCUAUUUUAGAAAUUGUUACAUGAAUUAAUAAUAAAAUAAGAUGGAUCUAUGGAAACAUACUUUUAAGAAGUGAAAAUCUUCAUUCUAGAACAUCAACCAUAAGAUUUGACAGACCCAAUAAGAUAUUAAAAUUUAUUGAGACAUUGCCAAUUCCCUGAAAACAUACAUGCUUUAAAAAAGUGA